AUGGGCGGGUUUGUUGUAACGUGCGUGGAUGGCGGCAGACAGAACGGGAUGAGAGAGGUCUUGAUGAUGCUGAAAAUGGCAGCAUUCCAUUUGGAGGGUCCUGCUGAGAUUGCUAGUUCUGCGGGAGGAAUCCGGGAGGACCUGCAAAGAGAAAGAGCAGAAGCAAAAAAGUCUGAGUUUACAGUUCUUGGGGGACGAAGAGACUCCGAUAUACUUUUCAUACGAAAUGACACAAAUUACACAGAAAUAAGCAUAUACAACGCACUGAUAACACACACACAGCGUGCAGAGUAUGUCCGAAGGAUUAUUCCAGUGCACUCCAUCUUCACACUCUCUGUGGAGAAUCUAGUAAAAGCAGCAAAGGAGUCAUGCGAGCUAAUUGGAACACAGGAGUCUUUUAGAAUCAGUCUGUCAAAAAGACUGUGCGCACACAUAAGCAGCGAGUUUAUUAUAGCAAAAGUAGCAGAAAGCAUCCCCAGGAAGGUAGAUUUGAAAACACCGGACAAAGUGGUUAUGGUGGAGAUAGCAAAGGAUUUGUGUGCAAUUGGAGUACUUCAUCCAUGCCCAGGAAAUUAUAAUAUAAUCCGGGGGCCAAGAGAGCAAUAA